CAGGUUGAACAAUAUUAUCAGCGUAACCGACCGAAGCCGAGACUCCGAACCAAAGCAGGAGAACGUAAAAGUAAACCCUUCCGAACCUUCAAGCAUUUUGACGCCGACAAGAAGCUCGAGAAGAGUCGUCGAGUCGUCGCGCCAUUAGCCAUCCAGGGGUUUUGGUAAUCUCAUCGUUCUUGACGCCGAUCCUCUGUCUCGAUCCUUUCUGAAUUGUUUUUCGUUGAUGCAGAUUAACUUCUUGGGACUGUUUUCGUUUAUUGAGGUUGAAGUUAUUGGGUGGUAUGGAACAAGGGUCACAGCAAAAUCAAGGCACAGCAACUAUGACAACUGGUGCAGAGUCAAAACCAAAGAAGAAAAUCUGUUGUGCGUGCCCGGACACUAAAAGGCUGCGAGAUGAAUGUAUAGUAGAGCAUGGUGAAUCAGCUUGUGCUAAAUGGAUUGAGGCUCACCGUUUGUGCCUGCGUGCUGAAGGUUUCAAUGUUUGAAACUGUUAAGAAAGAAAAGGAGUAAAAUACGACAUUGGUAGAAUAAUUGAGUUGGUUUUGUGAAAUUGAUACAGGUGUUAGAGCACAGUAGACUUUUACUAACGAUAUAUACAUGAUAUUUGAAUUUUUGAAUAAAGAGAAAAGGAAACUGAUUUUUUGAUGCAAGGCAUAAUUGACCUGUAAUUUUAUUAGGGAGGUUUCUCCCUAUUCUCAAUAUUGCUGAAACUGAAAGGUCUUAUUGCAGAUUACAUUUUUUUCUUAGCUCAAAUUUGUUUGUAGGCAUAUGAGUUCUGUUAAUCAAUAAAUUCCCUCCUGCUUUUGUUA